AAAAAUUAAAAUUUACGGAAGAUUUUGGUGAAUCUUCCAAAGUUUGUUUACUUAAUGCAAUAACAAAUAAUGCUGUGACUGUUGUGGACAGCCAAGAAGGAGCGCAUCAACUUAAACUGCAAAAAUUAAAUAGUGCAAGCUUGUAGAACGUAACUAAAUGGAUGGAGUUGGAAAAUAUAGUUGCCAAUACUGUUUAUUUAAAGGCAAGAGAAAGCAGAGCAAAAGGAAAGAGUAAAAAAUGGAAACAAAUGCUAAAGUUUCCACAUAUAUCUGAGUGUAAACAUUUAAAAGAUACUUUAGAUCUAUCAUAUCAUCAAGUUGCUGAAAAAGAACCGAUUGGUCGUUUGUUAUUUGAGCAGUUUUGUAGUCUUAAUAGUAAGCUGAAAGUAAUCAUUGACUUUCUUCACUCAUCUGAAGAAUAUGAAUGCUCAGUUGAUUCUGAGAGACAAACAAAAGCAUCUCAAUUGGUGGCUCAGUAUUUACAAAUUGAGGACAGAGAAAAUAUUUUUAACGACAUUGUCAAUACAGAUACUAUUGAGCUUGUUCGUCGUCAAUCUGUUACAGAACCAACUCACUCAACAUUUUUACCUUGUGUAAGAGAACUGCAGAAUUAUUUAAAAGGCAAACCAUUUGAAGAUUAUUUGAACAGCUACCAUUUUAAGCGCUAUUUGCAAUGGAAAAUGCUUGAAAGAGCUCCUGUUACCAAAAAUUUGUUCCGGCAUUAUAGAGUUCUUGGCAAAGGCGGGUUUGGUGAAGUUUGUGCAUGUCAAAGUCGUGCUACUGGUAUGAUGUAUGCAAUGAAAAAGCUUGAAAAAAAACGAAUAAAAAAGCGAAAAGGAGAGUCAAUGGCAUUAAAUGAAAAGCAAUUACUAGAAAAAAUUGACUGCAGAUUUGUGGUUAGUUUAGCAUACGCUCAUGAGACAAAAGAUGCUUUAUGCAUGGUUCUCUCAUUAAUGAAUGGUGGAGAUUUAAAGUUUCACAUUCACAACAUAGGUAAUCCCGGUUUCGAAGAAGAACGAGCAAUAUUUUAUGCAGCAGAAAUCGCAAGUGGUAUACUGUAUUUACACUCUUUAAAAAUAGUUUAUAGAGACAUGAAACCUGAAAAUAUACUCCUUGAUGACUUAGGUCAUACAAGGAUAUCAGAUCUUGGCUUAGCUAUUUAUGUACCUACAAAUGAAACUGUUAAAGGUCGUGUUGGUACUGUGGGAUAUAUGGCUCCAGAAGUUGUUCGUAAUGAAAGAUAUAAGUUUUCACCAGAUUGGUGGGGGCUUGGUUGCAUUAUAUAUGAAAUGAUUGAAGGAAAGGCUCCUUUUCGCACAAGAAAAGAGAAAGUAAAGCGUGAAGAAGUGGAAAGGCGAGUUACGGAAGAUGCUGAAGUAUACAGUGAGAAGUUUAGCAAUGCUGCUAAAAGUAUUUGUAAAAUGUUCUUAGAAAAAGACAGACACAGCAGGCUGGGAUGUCGAGAUAAUGAUGUUAUGCACAUAAAAGAACAUGAAUUUUUUUCAACCAUUAAUUGGCAGCUUUUAGAAGCUGGUAAAUCUAAGCCUCCAUUUCCACCAGAUCCACGUGCAGUAUAUUGUCGUGAUGUACUUGAUAUAGAGCAGUUUUCUACUGUUAAGGGGGUUGUCUUAGAUGAAACAGAUGCUUUGUUCUACAAAAAAUUUGCAACUGGUUCUGUGGCGAUACCUUGGCAGAAAGAGAUGAUAGAAACGGAAUGUUUCCAAGAAUUAAAUGUCUGGGGUCCGAACAACACACCAACAUCAGAUUUACUUGGUGAUGCGCCUCCUGAGGAAGACGAAGAAGACACUUGUUGCUUUUUUAAUUCUAAAAAGAAAAAGAAGAGUACUCCAAAGUUUGUAACAGAUACCGCCUUGCCUUCAUCUAGUACUGGAUAAUUUUAAAAUAGGAUUUUAAAAUUGGAGGAAGCUGACAGAACUUUAAACAAUGGGAAACAAUGGGAAUUUAAGCUUCUCGUAACGUUAGUUUCCAAUUAAGUGCUACCAUAUGAUUGUUAAAGUAACAUUGCUCAGCAUCAAUUUUUGCUCUUUGAGUUUAGACACAACAAUGUCCAAUAAAACUUUUGUUGAUACUACGCCCAAUUUUUCUUGUACAGUAAAUAUUCCUUAUUUUCGAAUCGAAUUUCUAUGUAAGUUAAAUAUAGCAAUUGUGUUUAUUCCACGCAAUAUUUCAUGCAGUUAUAUGUCAACAUUUUAUGUGUAUGUGUGUGUGUUUAUGUUCGUGAAUCAGUGUGAAUCUGUUGUGUAAUUAUUUCAGUUCCGAAUCUCUCAACUAAUACUGUAAGUUAUACUUAUAUUUCAAAAUAUUUUUUUUUUAAUUUUCAUUAUAUUUUAUUUUUUAUUUUUCUACACACCAUAAUGGUGAAAUUUUAUUUUUAAAGGAUUUUUCGAAAUAUUGUUUCUGAUGAAACUCUAUGUACAUUCAUGGUUUGAUUCAAAUACAAAUAAAUCUAUAGUGGUUAGCA